UGCAUUCGAUACCUAGUCUGUAUAAGCUAGGUGGGACCUUUCACGAGGUGAUAUUUAGCGCGUGUUUAGUGGAUAGUGUUACGUAGCUAGGUACUCUUAACAGUUGUCAAAUAUUUAUUACCCGAUUAAACGCUCUUCGAAACGAAGUUAAAUUAAAACCAAUGUGCACGUAUAAAAAAGAAGACUGAGAGACGUCCUAUCAUUUAGUGUUUUGAUUUCUGUGACAUAUUAGAAGUUGAAACCAGAAAAUAAAAUGUCUAGUCGACUUUUUCGAAUGCAUGGGAACUUCUGCACCUCCCAUCCUUGGGAGGUGAUAGUAGCAACCCUUACCAUGACAGCAUGCAUGAUGACUGUGGAUUACCAGUACCAGACACCUCCACCUAAACCAACAGUGAGAUCCUGUGGGGACUGUAUAGAAGAGGCUGAAUACCAUGCAGCUGAUAUGAUAACAAUGACACUCAUACGAAGUCUAGCUAUACUUUUCGGCUACUACCAAUUCAAUCGAUUGAGGAAAUUGGAUAACAAAUAUAUUUUAGGUAUAACAGGACUCUUCACAGUUUUCUCUAGCUUUAUAUUCACCUCGGCAGCUAUCAAUCUACUAGGCAUUGAUGUUAGCGAUUUGAAGGAUGCAAUAUUCUUCUUUCUUCUCCUUAUCGAUUUACCGAAAGCCGUAAUGUUGGCUCGUUUAGCUUUAAAUGCUUCCAACCAGGAAGAAGUUAAAACCAACAUUUCGAGGGGUAUGUCAGUAGUUGGUCCCAGCUUAACAUUGGAUGCGAUUGUUGAAACUCUUGUCAUUGGAGUUGGAACUCUGUCAGGUGUUCACCGCUUGGAGAGAUUAUCCUACUUUGCCUGCAUAUCAGUUUUAGUGAAUUAUGUUAUUUUCAUGACCUUUUACCCAGCUUGCCUGUCGUUAAUACUGGAGUAUUUCCAGUUAUCACGCAGUACCAAUUCGUAUGCUAGACGAGGAUCUGCGCUGAUAGCCAAAAUCCUCAAGGAAGAAGACCACAGGUUCAAUCCUGUUGUACAGAGGGUCAAGGUUAUAAUGACUGCAGGUCUGAUGAUGGUGCAUGUACACAGUCGGUGGUCUUUGAGAGAUUACGAGAAUCAAAACGGCGUAACCCGGACUGUUAUUGAAGACCACAUAGCCCUGAAUGGGACAGAAGAAGCUAGUGCUGCACAUGGACAAAUUAUGAAAUGGAUAGCACUUGGAGCUGAUCAAAUCGUCAUUCUGAUUCUCCUGCUGGCACUUGUUAUCAAAUUCGUAUUCUUCGAAAAUAAACAAGAACUUACCGAACAAUUACUGAGCAGUGAGAUGGUAGAGAGAAGGACUGAAAUGCCAAAAAAAGAAAGCAGAAGACGAAUUCACAGGAGCUUCCCCCUCAUAUCCAAUAAUUUCCCUUCAACUGGGCAAAUAUCUUCAGAAGACGAUGACGAUACAGAUUCCAAUAUGGUGGACAAGGAAAUUCAAACCGACUGUUUCCCUGAAAUAUCAGACGUUGAAAGCUCUUCACCUGAAGAUGACAGGAUGGGCGAAACGUGCCGCAGCUUGGAGGAAUGCUUGAAAAUAUACAACGACAGCGACCUAGGUGCUGCGGCCUUAAGGGACGAAGAGGUCAUUAUGUUGGUGGAGAAGAAACAAAUACCGGCCUAUCAGUUGGAGAAAGCUGUCGAAGAUGCAGAGCGAGGUGUGGGAAUUAGGAGGAGGAUCUUAGGGUCACAGGCUAAGGUCACCAAGGCUCUGAUAAACCUUCCUUACAAAAAUUACAAUUACGAACAGGUGAUGGGAGCUUGUUGCGAAAAUGUAAUAGGUUACCUACCAAUCCCUGUCGGCUAUGCUGGACCGCUCCUUCUGGAUUCUAAGGAAUUCUACGUCCCAAUGGCAACAACAGAAGGAUGUCUCGUGGCUAGCACCAAUAGGGGAUGUAGAGCCCUUAUGAAAUGCGGAGUAACAAGUUGCAUAGUGGGAGACGGUAUGACGAGAGGUCCAGUUGUUAGAUUUCCCUCGAUCAAGAAGGCUAGCGAGGCUAUGAAAUGGAUGCAGACACCCGAUAACUUCGCCGUGAUGAAGAAAAAUUUCGAUUCCAGCAGCAGAUUCGCCAGACUGGAUAAGAUAUUGGUAAAAAUAGCCGGAAGAUACUUGUUCGUCAGAUUCGUAGCCAGGACUGGAGACGCAAUGGGCAUGAACAUGAUUUCUAAAGGAACUGAGAUAUCGCUCAAGGGUGUACAGGAAAUUUUCCCCGAGAUGGAGAUUCUCAGCCUUUCCGGAAAUUUCUGCACCGACAAAAAACCAGCAGCAGUAAACUGGAUCGAGGGACGUGGUAAAUCGGUGGUCUGUGAGGCAGUGGUGCCCGCCAAAAUUGUCUCAACGAUUUUGAAAACAGACGUGCAUACAUUGGUCGACGUGAACAACUCGAAAAAUAUGAUCGGUUCGGCUAUGGCAGGAAGUAUUGGUGGCUUCAACGCCCACGCCGCCAACAUAGUAACAGCAGUUUUCAUAGCUACAGGUCAAGAUCCUGCACAGAACGUCAGUAGUAGCAACUGUAUGACCCUCAUGGAACCCUGGGGACAUCAUGGAGAAGACUUGUACAUAUCGUGCACGAUGCCCUCAAUAGAAAUUGGUACAGUUGGUGGAGGAACAGUACUUAAAGCUCAAGGAGCAUGUCUCGACAUGUUGGGGGUGAAGGGUGCAAAUAUCGAGAAUCCCGGGGAGAAUGCCAGCCAACUGGCAAGAAUUGUAUGUGCUACAGUAUUAGCCGGCGAACUUUCUUUAAUGUCCGCUCUAGCUGCUGGUCAUUUGGUGAAAAGUCAUUUGAGGCACAAUAGAUCAAGAACAGUACUGCCAAACGAAUUCAGUCAACAGUUGAUAAUACCUCCAUGUAACGAUAAUAAUGUUUAAAGUGAUUCUAGAAUAAUUAGCUUUAAUAUUUAAUAAUUAUAAGGAGGUUCAGUGAACUUCAUGUUGUUAAGUUUGUUACUAAUAUUUGUACAUAUACUUCUCCAAUAUAUAUUUUUACGAAAA